AUGAUUUCAACAAUCGGCACAACAACAAUUCAAACAACUACAGCACCAAACUCGCUAGUCAUGAAUCCUACGUCAAUGUUAGUAGAGAUGAAAAGCUUUAUUCCUCCUUCAUAUACUUUUGAAACAGAAAUCCAGAAGAUAAAGCAAGAACUUUUAACAAGUAAUUUAGACUGUAGUGCGAAAGAUGAAACAAAUGAACAGUAUCUUUAUGAAAUGGAGGACCUCAUCGACCAUUUGCCUAAACUACCUGAAAUCCAACAACAAAAACUCACUAUUCCUGAAUUCGACGAAAUUGAAGUCAAAGCAACUGACUCAGUAGAAAUUAAGAAAUUCAUACGUAAAGUAAAUUAUGAAUUCCUUGGUUUUCAUUGCAACCAUAAAGUUAUGGACAAAGAUUGCGACAUGGUUUAUAAAAAUAUUUCUGACCUUUACAAAUCCGAAGAAUUUAAGACCUACGAUAACUUUGUUUCAUUAGUUGCUGAAUGUGUUUGGGAAAUAAGAGAUAAAGAUAGAAGAGGCAAAGUAUGA